AUGUCUUCCAAGACCACCCACAGCCAGACUAGCGCCUCCGGCGCUAAGAGCUCAACCUCGGAGGGACAGAAGGGAAGUUCUGGUGCCUCUGGGGAGUCUCAGAAGGAUGAGGCAACCUUCAGCAACAUUGACAAGAAGGGAUUGGAGGAGUGGUCUCAUCAAGAGCGUAAGGAUCGUGAGGAGAAGCGCCAGAAGAAGCCGAAGGCUGACGGGGAGGAGUAG